AUGGUGCAAACCGGGAGCGUGACCACCUCCCGUCUCAAGGAAGGCGCGGUCAUAGACGUGCAGGAGAUCCCGAACGGCGCCCGGCCGGCGCUGCUGAUCCUGCAUAAUGAAGGCGAGGAGGACAUUGUAGGCAUCUUUGCGGAUGUCCUGGGCCAGAAAUGGGAGUCGGCGACAUCCAUGGACGAAGCGCUGGCAGGACCACGGGAGACGGUUUACGGGCUAAGCAGCGGGCUGGCCAAAACGCAACUGGACGCUUGGGACCGCUCUAGGCUGUUGGUCAACACACAUCGAGUGGACGGCGGUCAUGAACUGGACGAGAGCAUCACCGACCGCUGCGACUACGAAUACCUCUACACGCGCGCGCCCUUUUUCCGUCGCGACGUGUCGCGAUACCUCUCUUUUGUCCUGGGCCAGAUCGGGCCCCACCGCGACCUCACCAAGAAGGCGCGCACGACGCUGAUAUCGACGACGUUCCCCGAUGUGCACGCUGCACUUCCCAAUCUUGACAUUCUGUCGGUCGGCGCGGACGCCAUCGAGAUCCGAGUCGACCUGCUGGAGGAGCCCCUACCAGAUGGAACGGUCAGCAAGAUACCCAGCUUGAAGUAUGUCGGCGAGCAGGUCAUGGUGCUGCGUCAACGCACGGAGCUGCCAAUCAUCUUCACUACGAGGUGCACCAAGGAAAAUGGCCGGUUCCCCAUGGACGACCCCUCCCUGUUCUACCGAUACCUUGCGCGCGCGAUACAAUGGGGUUGCGAAUACAUUGAUGUGGAAUUGUGGCUGCCAGAGGAGAUUAGGAGGAAGCUGGCCGAGAACAAGGCGUGCACCAAGAUCAUCUCGGCGUUCCACGACUUUUCGGGCAGCUUCAAGUGGACCUCGCCUGAAACACAGCGCCUGUUCGAGAUGGGAGCGGUGUAUGGGGACAUUGUCAAGAUGUACGCACUGGUCAAUUCGAUGCAGGAGAACUACGAGCUGGAAUAUUUCCGGUCAACUAUUCAAGCCAAGUAUCCUCAUCCUCCCUUCUCUGGCCUCAAUAUGGGCCCCAUGGGCCAGCUAUCAAGGACGCUGAACAAAAUAUUCACCCCGAUUACUCAUCCACUGUUACCCAUGAUUGCGGCGCCUGGCCAACUAAGCGCAGCCGAAAUUAACGCAGCGCUCCACACAAUGGGCCAGAUGCCUAAGCAGGACAUCUACGGCAUCGGCAGUUUUCGAUCAACGUCGCAAGCCAUGUUCUUUGAGAAGUGUUUCAACGAGCUUAGUCUGCCACAUUCGUUCGGUUUUGCAGAAAGAGCUCCGAAGGCUUCGAUUGAGCACAUCCUCCGACGCAACAACUUUGGCGGUGCCUACAUCAACCCGCCGUUGGCAGCCUCGGCGCCGUACCUGCCUUCCCUUUCGAAUGCUGCUCGGGCCAUCGGACAAGUUGAUACAGUGUUAGUGCCUCCCGGGACCGGUAACGCCUCCUUCAUAGGAGACAACACGCGGUGGAAGGGUAUACGUGCGACACUGACUCGCGAUUUUGUCCCGUCGGCGUACAGUGGACAGGCAGCAUUGCUGCUCGCCAGUAACGAGGCUGAUGCGUCGGCGUCGAUAUUUGCACUGAAAAAUCUAGGGAUCGGGCCUAUAUAUACCAUAGGGUUCAAGUCCCACGGGCCCUUAUCUACUGACGUGUCACCGGUACGAUCGGUAGAGGACGUGAAGCGCCUGCAGCAGCCAUUCGUUAUCAUCUCGGCUCUGCCUGCUGAGAAGUCGCUACUGGUGGUGCCCCUGCUGAAGCACUACAGGGUUGGCGGAAGGAAUGGAAGCCCCAACGGACAUGGGUGCACAGGAACGAAGGCUGCAGGCAAGGUGUUCGUCGACUUGGCCAGUGGACCCCGAAAGGCCGACCCGUUGGCAAUCGCGACGUCGGCGGGAUGGACAGCGUAUGGGAUUGCGGACGUCUCAGCGUGGACGACGGUUGAAACGAUCCGGAAGCUCGUGGGGCAGAACGUGUGUUAUGACUUUGUGCGUCUGGCGUCCGGAAGGGGGCAUUUUUAA